AUGAACACUGUAAGACUGUCGCAACGCGAUCGUGUCCUUACGUGUGCGCUAUGGGACGGCGCCAAGCAGAUGGAGGGCGAGGAUGUGCCCGAUAACAGAACCCCUGUUCCUCAUCGGCUCGCCGGAGGGAGCGUGCAAAAGACCAGCGGGGUUGUUUCCGGGGCGGACACUGACCCCGGGAUGGCCAGCAUACGGGAGAGCACGGGAGAGCACGAGGUGCACAGCACCGAGCCGACCCAGCGCCGAGCACCCGAUUCCGACGGAACGCACCCGAGUCAUAUCAACCUCGUUCCGCCACACCUCCGAGUCAGUCCGCUCCCCACCAAAGCCUUGAAGUUCGCACGCUUCGCCUUGUCUCUGUCCCUUGUCGCCGCUGCGCCGGGGACAUCGCAACCCGCCCAACUCGGCCAACUCGGCCAACUCGCUCAGCUCGCACAGCUCGCUCAGCCAGCGCCGCCGGCCUCGCCUGCCUCCCCUGCGCCCGUUGGCAGUACCUCCAGCGCUCCAGGGAGUGCGUCGAACGAAACCCCGUUCCCAAACGCAGGGACGUACAAGGCCACCGUCGAGCGGCUGUUCCCCGACCUCAGCACGGCGUACACUGCCACCUUCCUCAGGACGUUUACCAGCUUUACGAACCGGGCUGCAUACUCUGAGCAUGGUAUUGAGGCGCAGUGCUUCCUGCGCGGGGUGAUCGAAGAAGUGCCCCCUGGCCACAAUGUGCAUGUAGAGGAGCUCGACUGUGGCGAGCUGCAGCGGAGUCUCGUCGUGCGCUUCCUCACCUCCAUCUUCCCCAGUUCCACUUCUACGCCGCCGAAGAGGACGGCCGUACGAGCCCUUGCGGGAGAGUAUCAAGAGACAGGAGUGGACGUCCGCGCCAUGUUGAAUCUGGACAUGACGGCGUAUUGCCCCGACGAGGGGAACGUGACCCUCGCGGGGGCCAUCGCAGCCUAUCGUGAGCGACCCCAUGUUUAA